AAUAUUCUGCAAUAAAUCCCUAAAAUAUCGAUAAACUCCCACAAUAUUAAACUGCAAAGUUAUUUAUAACAUGGAUACUGGAGGUGUAGUGAACUGCAACAGGCCUGCCGCGGCUGAUUCCUCCUUCCUGACGCCCGUGAAGCCUAGAUUAGGACGGUUUGGAGAUGUUUAUUCACCUGAACACUUGAAUGUUACACCUAAACAUAACACGAAAAUAGCGUUUAUUGAAGUGAGUAAUGAUAACCAACAGCUGUUUACACCUGAAAAAUUGCUGGAGCCUGAUUAUAAAUGCAGGACUGUCAAACCACAGCAGCGAGUGCGCCAUGCAUAUGGAAACUGCUCAUUUGAAGCCAACCAGAGCUUCCCGCGUCUGAAGCGCCCAUUGCGGCCCAUCAAGAUGGAGCUGGAGACACCCACCAAGGUGAAACCUGCUGUCGACCUUGUUAGAGUGGAUGGACCAAAUGGACUCCGGUUCAACUCAUCUCUGGUGGCAGGAGAAGUGGCUGGCUCCCCCGCACAGUCGCAGAGUGACCGCUUACAGCAAACCAUCAAUCCAAGCAAGGCUGUCUUCACUCUUGAGCCUAACACUUCUAAGAUUCUCAUAGUGAACAACAAAGCGUGUUCGUUGUUGGGUUACUCGUCGGGAGAGCUGAUCGGUCUUCGGUUCUCUGACCUGCUCCGCAACAGGACUUGCAAGGCAUUCCCACUGCCUGAACCUGAAGAAGGCGACGCUUCGGAAGAUGGGACCCUAGUGUUACUUAGCGGGAAGGUUGUAGAACUUCUAUCUAAAGAAGGAGGAGGAGUGCAGGUGUCUCUGUGGAUCAGACAGCUGGACAAUGACGGCCCGUGUUUAGUAGUCGCCGAGCCGGUCAACUGUAAAAAUGUUGUUUUGACAAUAGACGCAGAAAGCGGCGUGAUAGUAUCAUGCGACAGCGACGAGGCGGCCUAUCUCUUCCAAGCCGACUCGCCGGAGAAGCUGAUCGGUCUGCCCAUCGCCUCGCUCAUACCCUCCAUACAACUGCCGGCCUACGACGCGCCUAUCACUAAGAACGUUUCUAAGCAGAAAGCUACAGGAAGAACACUAGAGGGCGGAUCGUUUCCGCUGUGCUUGUGGAUAUCAAAAGCGGACCCAACAGAGACCUCACCUUGGUCUACCAAUAUCAAAGUACCCAGGGACAAACCUGUCUUUGAAGUUAAUGUCAGGGUAACAUACAAUGUAAGCGGCCUGUUAGUACUAGACGACACAGGCAUCAUAACAGCCUGCAACCAUCACUUCGCAAUGCUGACAUUUGGCAAACCGCACUCGGAAGUGAUCGGACACCACAUUGACGACGUCAUCCCCGACUUCUGCCGCCCAGCCGACCUGGUCAAACAGGAGAGGAACAGGAAUAUGACGCUGUCGCCUGUCAACAAUGAAAAUGAUGGAUCGGCAUCAGACACAGAUGAAGACUCCUGCGGGGCGUUUAACGGGAGCCAGAAAUCCGCCUGCAUGUCUCUCAACGUCCAGCCGUCCCUACUCUCCACUACUAGGGAGAAAUCCUCUAGCGCCCUAUGUCUAGACAAGUCCUGUAGUCUCGUCACCCACACACCAACGCCCACACAAGACAUGGUCUCGAGUAUAAGCACUACCGAACAAAGAAACGACGUAUCUGCGCUGCCCGAUGUAACCUCCGGAAUGUCAGGCAUUUCUAUAGACGAUGAGAACUAUUGCCAGAGUAGUAUCUCUAAAUCUCGAUCAGAGAAUAUUCUCAGGUCCGAACAGAGUAACGCGGUUGUAAAGCAAGUCAAUAAAGCUAAUGAAAAAUCUGAUUCGAUAUACUAUACCUCGCAACAUUCGCAAGAAGUGACUCCUACGGGUAAUACGCCUAGAGUCAGAACAAACGAUCCGUCUUUGCGGCUGUCGUUCGACUCUAGUAAGUACAGGUCGUUAAAAGCGCAAGCAAAAGAUGAUAAAAGCAGUCUGUCUUUGGAUUUCUGUGACUCGAAUGAGACCAGCGCUGACUUCCUGACACCUAUAAACGAGAUGCCGCCGCCGGGCUGCGAAAUUGAAGACCUGCCGAGACAUAACGGCAAUGAAAGCGUUGAUAGUCUCAGCAAUGACAUCGACUUGGAAACUCAGACGGAGUCGGCACCGAGAAGAUUGUACGAAGACGAUGCUCCCGAGACACCCUGCGUGGCGAAGCGCCUUCUCCGCACACAAGUGACGACGUCUACCCCGCAGCAGUCCCGGAUGAACAAGUGUGACAAGUGCGAGAAUACCGCCGACUGCCCGCACCGCGACGGCACGUAUAGAGGUCGUGUGCUGCACAGAGACGGCACUGAGCUCACUGUCCUGUACACGGUGUCGACGAUGCAGCUGGCGAACAGCAGUCGUGUGCGGUGUGUGUGGCUGGGGGUGCAGCUAGAGGAUGCUCCGAGGCACACCACACUCGCCUCCAGUGUCGCUUCUACUGCUGAUAAUUCACUGGUGCUUGGCAACAAGUCAGCCAGCAGCCGGCCUCAGUCAAUGUCGCUGAUGUCACAGUGCGGAGAGGAGCAGGUUACCGGCGAGUACAGCAAGCACUACGUCACACUCAAGCAGAUUGGUAAAGGCGCGUACGGUUGCGUCAAAAUGGCGUACAGACGGUCUGACAGAUUGCUUGCAGUCGCCAAGUUUAUUUUGAAAGAGAAGGUGGGCGCGCAAUUCUGGGUGGACGGCCCGGACGGACGACGGGUGCCCUUGGAGCUCAGCUUACUGCUUACCCUCAAACACGCUAAUAUUGUGAGCGUAAUCGACGUGUUCGAGAACGACAAGUACUUCCAGAUGGUGAUGGAGAAACAUGGCGCCGGCAUGGACCUGUUCGAGUUUAUCGAGCGCCGGCCGAGACUCGACGAGCCACUGCUUUCCUAUAUAUUUCGACAGAUAGGCCAAGCAGUAGAAUACCUCCACUCCCUGAACAUUCUACAUCGUGACAUAAAGGACGAGAACGUGAUAAUAGACAACAAGUUCCACGUGAAGCUCAUAGACUUCGGCUCAGCCACUUUCAUGAGCAAAGACACACUGUUCUCCACCUUUUAUGGUACCACUGAGUAUUGCAGCCCGGAGGUGCUUGCUGGGAACAAGUACGCAGGCCCAGAGCUGGAGAUGUGGUCAAUGGGGAUAACGCUGUACGUGCUCACGUUCUUCGUUAACCCGUUCUCCGACAUUGAGGAUACCAUACAGGGCCCGCUCUCUUUUCCGCAACUUGUCUCUGAAGACUUAGAGCAACUACUUCGAUGGAUGCUAUGUAAGGAGCCAGCGCACCGGUGUACUGUGACACAGUUGAUGGCGCAUCCAUGGAUACGACAACCCGUGCCUAUCGCCAACUACGUAUUUCAUGAGAUCGUUGAUUGUGAUCGACACGAAGCUAAUCCAGAAAUGUACUACAGCGGUAGUCUCGGUUCGCCACGAAGCGGGUCUCCCGUAUCGCUCGCCGAUCCACUCGCUAAAGAGCGCUCAAAUCGUUCGGAGGUGGCGAUUCGCUCGGACGGCAAGGUGUCGCGCGAGGAACCGAAGCGCAACUCGCUGGCGCUCCACGCACUUUCCACUGCUGAAAGGGACGCGCACUCGGACAACUACAGCUUGAGGUCUUCCGCGGACAUUCUGGACAUAUCCUCGAAGCCAGUAUCGGAAGCGGCUCUAACAGACAUUAGUUCGGACGCGACAGGCCAUGCAGCCUGCGACAUAGACUACGAUUGUGAUCAGUACGAGUGCGACAGCUGGGACGAGUGCGAACAGGACAGCUUCUCAUAGACAUUGUUUCUGUUUUCCCCGAAGGACAAGGCAAAGGGAACUAUGCCCAUACAGCCAUGUUUUAUGUAUUAUUUUCUUGAUGAUGUUAAUGAAAUUAUGAAAGGUGAUGACGAUGAAUGAUGAAACUUAAGCCCCCACCCUUGGAGCCGACUCCUAUGCCGAACCCCAAACGAAUUAAUAUUCGAGUUAUAAAGCGGCUUGUUGGCACGAAGCGAAAAUAGAUAGGUACACUUUGUUUAUUGAAUAUUCCGAUAUAAUAUCCGAUACACUAUCGCGAAUGUUUUCCGACUAACUUAAUGCGAUCAUUAACCAAAAAACACCACUUCGUAUUAAUUAUUUAGAUUAUUCAAUGAAGAAAGCAACUGUCCCGUUCUCGUUCCCGCCAAAAAAUCGUAUCUCAUAAACAACUAGAUUUUUAGUUUAGUUUUUAAACCGGCCUUACGUAUAAAUAGCUUAUACGCGCGCCAAAACGUUCAAGUCUGUAGUAUGUACUUUAAAACCCUGUCGAUUUAACAUAUUUGACAUUUCUAUGAGUAUCUUUCCAGGCUGCGUUCACCAAAACAAAUACACAUUUAACGUGAUAAUUGCCCAUUGUUCUCAUUGCUCGGGUACAUAACUAUUCCAAAAUAUAAUGUUAUGGCAGAAUUACAUAUAAAAAUUAUUGUUGCUUAAUAUUUGGAUCAGAUAUGGUGUAGAAUUAUGUUGCUAACUAUAUUUCUUCUCUUUAUUUUGAUCACAAUAAUAAUGGGUGGAAGAUGUGUUGUGCCUGAGUGUAAUAAGGGUCAUCAUUCAUACGCAUAAAACAAAGAUAAAAGAUGCACAUGUCUGUUAUUUAUGAAAUUAGAAGGUUGAACGAAGGCAAAUCUGUACAGCGCCAUCUGUAUUUUUUGAGGAACGUCACCUGGAAAGUCCCUCAUUUGUGAAAUAAGUUAAUGCGACAUGACUUGGUUCAUAAGUAGGUAUUCGUCUGAAUAUAUGUACGGUCACGAGCAUGUAUAUGAUACACUUUGGUACCAUGUCAUAUUAACUUUUUGACAAAUUGAACUGUAAGUCUCACUAAAUGUCAAAUAUGUUAGUGCGACAGAGUCCUAAAGUGAAUACAUUAUAUUGCUCAUGACUGUACCAUACCUAUUUGGGUGAAUACCGUACCAUAUACUGAUCUUUCUAUUUUAAGAUGUGCGUCAGAAUUUCGGUUUGUAUUGAUUCCUACAGGGGGUUAAGAAGGCCACAUUGAAGCAAUUCACCCAAAAAAGCAAUAUUGCUAUUGGUUAUUUUAUGACAUUGCGCAUUUACUUUUAUAUGCGCAAAUGUCAAAUUGCAUUAUUGCUUUUUAUGGACGUAGUGACUGUCAUCAUUGUUUGUUGAUGUUGACCAGUUUCCGUUUAUAGGUGUAUAAAAUAAAGCGGAUGAAAUGUAUUGGUAAAUUAGAAAUAAAAUCUACAAAAAAAUCCAUCCAGCACCGGCGAGUGACAAAGACUAAAGCUUGAUGAUUACCUGUGCAUAUAUCUCGUCCACAACAUAAAAAUAAACUCAAUUUUUCGUUGUUUUCGAAACUCUUCUCCGCUUAGCAGAAAAUAACGGAAACUGUCGGUUGAGCCUUUCGUCGCAUGGAUAACUGAAAAGUCGUCAAAAACGCAAUGAGUCAAAACAGCGAUUUGUCCAUAUCUUGAACUGUCAAAAUAUUGAUUGGUCUAAGUCGCUAGUGGUCAAAUUAACAAACAGUCAAAACGCAAUUGUUCGAUUGACGGAUUACAAGUUUGACUAACUGCGAUUUUCAUGAAUGCGAAUUUGACCAUAUGCGACGACAGGCUUUUCAAACACAUCAUUUCCAUCUUCGCUUUAGCGGAAGACCAGUCUUAUCAUCUGCUAAUACCUCAUAAUGUGUCAUGUAAAAGCGUGAUUGUAUAUGUGUAGGAACGUACAAAAAUUAUGUGUACAGGCUGUCUCAUUUAAGCUUUUUACGUUUGACAUUCCGCUAUGAAAAGUACCAUUCAGGGGUAUAAAAUAGAAUGAACAAGGAGAAUGGAAACACAGAUUAUAACCACUUUAUAUAACUCACUCGAUGAACACUUACACAACCUUCUCGGACCGCUCCGUAAAACCGACUGGUACUCUGUGACCGACUGAUAUUCCGAACAGCGGAAGUCACCCCCUCUUUUUCCAAGACAGUGCUGCUAGUAAAAUAAAUCUUAUUUUGCUAAAAUAUCAAUAAUGUUGUGAUAAAUUUAAUCUAACCUUACAGGGAGUCUCAAAAGGCCACAUGAAAUCAGUUCAUAUAAAAAAAGCAAUCUGCGCUAUAAUAACGGGAGAUGCAGAAAAAAUAUAACUUUAAAAUAUCCCAACCAUAAUAAAUGACGAGGAUGGUACUUUUGAAAACAGAAUGUCACAAAUAGUGUUAGUAUAAUAGUGAUAGAAUACAUUGGUGUUGAUUCCAGCACAUACCAUCUAAUUUUAGUUUGU